AUGUCUGCUGCUACGAAGGUUGCCUCGAAGUAUGCUGCCGAUGGCGCCGACGUUGAUACGCAAGUAAAGCGUAUCAUUGAAGACCUUCCACAGAUCAACGCAGAGCUGCAGAACGCGCACCCCCGUGAAAUUCUGACGUGGGCCGUUGAUAACUUGCCUAACUUGUAUCAAACGACAGCGUUUGGUUUGACCGGCUGUGUGACGCUCGAUCUGAUUUCGCGCAUCAGUAGCGAUCGCGCCGCCAAGAACGGUACUCAGCCCCAGCACCAGGUACCGCUGAUCUUUGUGGACACGCUGUACCAUUUCCCGCAGACGGUGGAGUUGGCCGAGCGUGCUUCGAAGCAUUACAACGCGCCGAUGUACGUCUACAAGCCGCAGGGUACCGACACCACGGCGGAGUUUGAGAAGCGCUGGGGUCCGCAGUUGUGGGAGCGCGACGAGGAUACGUACGACUACCUGGUGAAAGUGGAGCCUGCUCGUCGUGCGUACGAAGAGUUGGGCGUCCGUGCGGUGUUCACGGGCCGUCGUCGUUCGCAAGGUGCGGACCGUGCCUCGCUGUCAGCUGUGGAAGUGGAUGAGACGGGUCUGAUUAAAGUCAACGCAUUGCUGAACUGGUCGUUUGCCGAAGUGGACAAAUACGCCAAGGAGAAUGCCGUGCCUUACAACGAGCUCCUGGAUAUGGGUUAUAAGUCGAUCGGUGACUGGCACUCAACAUCGCUGCCGACUGGUAAGGAUGGCUCAGAUGAGCGUUCUGGUCGUUGGAGUGACAAGGCUGGCAAGACAGAGUGUGGCCUGCAUAAGGACUACUUCAAGUUCAAGGUACUGGCGGAGAAGAAGAUGCGUGAAGCGGAGCUAAGCCGCAAGGAUGAGUCGCGUGUCUAA